AGCAGAGCAAGGGUGCUUUGCUCUGAUGCUUCAUGAUUCCAUCAGAUUGUUACAGAGGGUAAAAGGAAAGGUCGAAGCGUCGACCUAAAUAAAGCCGUGAAGCAUCUGAUUUAUAUCUGAUCAGAGAGACCCACCACACCAAAACCAAAACUAUCCAGACACUCAAUCCUUUCCCCCCCAAAAAUUUGCUACCGUCUCUUCUCAGCGACCUCGUUGAAGGCAUAGCGGAAACCUCCUCAGCUCAGAAAAAUCAAAGGGUCGAGCAGAUCAUCAAUGGCAGAAGACUUUGAAGAAGAGAAAAUGGAAGAGGAGGAGCAAAAGGGCUCCUCCGACACCUGGGCUUUGCUAAGGCGAUUGAUGAGCAAGAGAAGAACAUGGGUUUGUCUGUUCGUGUUAGUCUAUGCUCUUCUGCUGUCUUCCUCAUGGAACCUCCUUCGGUCCAUUCUUUCCUGGUACAACUCCAACUCCGACGGUGCUGCUGGUGCUGGGUGGCCGGCCCUUUACGCCUCGGUCCUCUUCGGAGCUGUGUUUGGCCUUCUUUCUAUGGUGGCAGCCCUGGCCGUUGCCCUGCCCGCCAUGGUUCUCACAUGGAUUACUGUGCUGGUGCUCCUUACUUUCUGCGGCAAGCCCCAGCGAUCUCUGGUGCUGGAAGGGAGGAAGAUCACGACAGAUAUUACAGGGUUUGUCAUCAAGAUUGUGAUUAGGGAAGGGAAUAUCGUGGCCGCCUUCUGUGCGUUUCUUGGGUACUUGGUGCUUGUGAGGAGGAUAGGCGAAGACGAUUGAUUCUCUCGAUUCCACGGCUUUUCAUUUUUCUUUCUUUUCUUAGUAAUUUCUUUUAAUUUUUCCUUUCUUUCUUUCUUUCCCUCCUUCACUUCAAAAUUCAAAUAGGGUUAGUUAAUGGCAGCUGAUCUUGUAGUCUAUCUUCUGUUUUUCUGGUAAUACACGACUAAUAUGAAAUCCAGAAAAUUUUGGGCAUCA